AUGUUGCUGAUUCCUGCCAUGCACAUGUCCAAGGCCCAAUUGGGCCCGGGCCAGCAACAUAGUAUGGACCCAUGUUCGGCGGGAUUGUUACACCGUGGUUUGGGUGAAACGACCUCGAGUCUUCGACUGGAAAGCUUCUCCAAGUCAAUUGCUUGUGGCACAAUACACACCUCACAGAUGCUUGUUGUCCCCUCGUGUCCGACAUUCUGCCCAGAGGCAGUGGCCAUCUCUCCCCCCAAGCCCAAAAGGCUGUCUCGACGAUAUCAUGCCAGUACAGAGCCUCUAAUGCUUCGGCCAUCGUCUCCACACCAACAAGACUAUUCGAAAUUGGCACCGCCCACUGGCGGCGACUUUCGUCCCAUGACAGCUUCAAACCCACAAAACCGCUCGUCUCUUUCAAGAAAAUCAACAUCAUCAAUUAGAAGCUUCUUUCGACGUGACAACUACCAUCACCCAGCAAAGACGCGGAGGAUCGGUUCCAGAUCCCACAGAGAAGCCGUCGUUAGCCAACAAUCCCAGGAACCGCAAUCACAGUCAGAUUCAUCCAGCUUCUCAAUUCCUUCUGAUUGCAUGUCCCAAUUAGAAACCGCUUGCAUGAAUGCCAGCUCAGCUCCUAGUCAAACGCCUUCGCCUCUUCAAAAGGCGGCGCGCAGCCUUUCUUUCAGAAAUAGAAUCAAGUUUGCCGCCCUCCCACGCCCAAGACCAGCGCCAAAGAAGAUAGUUAGGUCACCAACAGCAGGUACCCCCCAGCACAGGAAUACUCCCGAAUUUUCCAUACCUGCCAGAGCCGGUGUAGGAUCGAAAUCUCGACGGCUGAGCGCAGAAUUGCCCGAAGAUUUCAAUGUUGAUUCAUGCGAACUAAGCCGCGAAUAUUGCAAUGGAAGACGGAUACCUGGAAGACAUGGAAAGGAAAUUGGAAAAGGUACAACGGCCACUGUAAGAAUCUUGUACAAAAAGGGGUGUUCGAAGGAUGUUCGAUAUGCCGUCAAGGAAUUCCGAAAAUGCGGUCGAAACGAAGACAGACGAGAAUUCGAGCAAAAGAUCAAGUCGGAAUUUAGUAUCGCCAAUAGUCUUCAACAUCCAAAUAUUGUGAAGACAAUUCGCCUUUGCAGGAAUCACGGGCGAUGGAACCAUGUCAUGGAGUAUUGUGACCAAGGAGAGCUAUACUCGCUGAUUCAAAAAGGCUAUCUCGAGGAAGAAGAUAACCUUUGUUUCUUCAAGCAAUUGCUGCGAGGUGUGGCGUACUUGCAUCAACAUGGCAUCGCACACCGUGAUAUAAAACCAGAAAACUUGCUAAUUACAACCGAAGGACAAUUGAAAAUCACCGAUUUUGGUGUUUCUGAAGUCUUUUCCGGCAUACACCCUGGGUUGAGAAGCGCAGAUGGACAGUGCGGAAAACUCAUGGAUGGAACUCAAAAAUGCUCUCCAGGAAUUUGUGGAAGCUUGCCUUAUAUCUCCCCAGAGGUUCUCGCUGAAAAUGGCGAUUAUGAUCCGCGUUCUCUCGACGUAUGGUCGUGUGCGAUUGUAUGCAUGACGCUGUUCUUUCAUGGGAUACCGUGGCAAACCGCAAAACCGGAAGAUCCUGACUAUGCCAAAUUCCUAGCUGGCUGGCAUAAAUUUUUACUGAGAAACCCCAAAGGAAAAAUCACCAAGAGAGAAUAUCCUUCGUGUGGCCGCGCUUUUGCUACUCUACCUAGCAACGGAUUGAGCCGGCUGGUUUUGAAAAUGCUGCACCCGGACCCGGAAAUGCGUAUUUCAAUCGAAGAUGCUCUGGAAGAUCGAUCAAUGAGGAGAAUCGUGUGCUGCAGUCCCGAUGUUGGCCAGGUGGCAGAGUCAGAUACCAUGCUCGAUGACUCUGUUGCGGUUGGGAAGAUGCAUAACCAUAUUCCUCCAGAAAAAACCUGA